CACCUCGGAGAGCUCCCUCCCCGGCCUUGUUUUGCUCCGGAAUCGCCGCCUGGGGAGGGAGCCAGGGGGCCGGGCAACAGGCGCAGCGGCAAGAGGAUGGCCUUGGAGGGGUCGAGGGGCCCCGGCGGGCAGAGGGCCCAGCCGUGAUCUGUUGGGGGGGGCCGCGGCGCCGGGUGGGCAGCUGACGGCGGCAGCAGUGGCCACACAUCUGGAUGGAAGCGAGCUUUGUCCAGACCACCAUGGCUCUGGGGUUGUCCUCCAAGAAAGCAUCUUCCCGGAAUGUGGCCGUGGAGCGUAGGAACCUGAUCACCGUGUGCAGGUUCUCUGUGAAAACCCUGCUGGAGAAGUACACGGCAGAGCCCAUCGACGACUCAUCCGAGGAGUUUGUGAAUUUUGCAGCCAUCUUAGAGCAGAUCCUCAGCCACCGUUUCAAAGGUGGGCCCAGGUUCCUGUCUCCCACUGCCCAGCCCUCCCAACUCCCAACCUUUAGCUUCCAGCCACCCUACUCUGUGGCUUUCUGAACCCCAUCCUUGACCCUGGCUCCAAUUCUGGACCAUGCACAGAAGCUCGUCCACAGAGCUGGGAAGAGGGGAGGGGUCCUCUGGGCACAAAACGGUGGGUGCCCACAAGCCCCAUCAGUGGGCAUGCAAUUAUGGGCUGGUGUGCCCUGUGUGUACAUGCAUGUGUGUGCACGUAUGUUUGGGGGAGGUGCUACGGGUGUGCAUGGCUGCUUGUGCUUACGCAUGUGUGUGCCCCAGUACAUGGACCCUCUCCAAACUCCCUGGUCUUGCUGAGCCCCUUCCCUGCCCUGGCUCAGCCUGUGCCCCAGCAGGUCCGGUGAGCUGGUUCAGCUCAGAUGGGCAGCGGGGCUUCUGGGACUACAUCCGGCUGGCCUGCAGCAAAGUGCCCAACAACUGCGUGAGCAGCAUCGAGAACAUGGAGAACAUCAGCACAGCCCGAGCCAAGGGCCGGGCAUGGAUCCGAGUGGCACUGAUGGAGAAGCGCAUGUCGGAAUACAUCACCACAGCCCUGCGGGACACCCGGACCACCAGACGUUUCUAUGACUCGGGAGCCAUCAUGCUGCGGGAGGAAGCCACGGUCCUCACCGGGAUGCUGAUCGGCCUGAGCGCCAUAGAUUUCAGCUUCUGCCUAAAGGGCGAAGUGCUGGACGGGAAGACCCCCGUGGUCAUCGACUACACGCCCUACCUGAAGUUCACCCAGAGCUACGACUACCUGACGGACGAGGAGGAGCGGCACAGCGCCGAGAGCAGCACGAGUGAGGACAACUCACCCGAGCACCCUUACCUGCCGCUCGUCACCGACGAGGACAGCUGGUACAGCAAGUGGCAUAAGAUGGAACAGAAGUUCCGCAUUGUCUACGCGCAGAAGGGCUACCUGGAGGAGCUGGUGCGUCUGCGCGAGUCGCAGCUGAAAGACCUGGAGGCGGAGAACCGGCGGCUGCAGCUGCAGCUGGAGGAGGCGGCGGCGCAGAACCAGCGCGAGAAGCGGGAGCUGGAAGGCGUGAUCCUGGAGCUGCAGGAGCAGCUGACAGGUCUGAUCCCCGGUGACCACGCUCCCCUGGCCCAGGGUUCCAAGGACCUCACUGCACGCCUGGUCAACCAGUGGCCAUCACUGGGGACACUCAACGGGGCCGAAGGCACUAACAACCCCAAGCUCUACCGGAGACACAGUUUCAUGAGCACGGAGCCGCUGUCAGCAGAAGCCAGUCUGAGCUCAGACUCCCAGCGUCUGGGAGAGGGCAAGCGGGACGAGGAGCCUUGGGGCCCCAUCGGAAGCUCAGAGCCAAAUUAGUGGCUCCCUUCAAGCGAAUGUCCAGGACUUCAACGCAUGCAUUUUUGUGUUGCCCUCCCCCUGGCUUCUCCUUGGUUUCCCACCCUAGUUUUCCUGGUGCCUGGACUCCUUGUCUUUUCUUUCUAAAACCUACACUGCACUGGAUGACCCUAGAUCCUCUUUGAGACGAGGCAGGCCAUGGAUGUGGAAGCCCGCCACACUGUGUUUGUGAUUGUCCGUGUGUCUGUCUCCCCACCAGACUGUGAGCUCCGUGAGGGCAGGGACCGUGUCUCGUCCGUUCUCUGUAUCCCCCGUGCUUGGAACGGAACAAGUGCUCACCGUGUGUUUAAUAAAUGGACAAAGAGAGAGGGUGAACCUCAGGGGGGAGACAGAGACAUCAACUGACGAUUACAAUACAGUGUCCCCAGCUCUGUGCAUGGCGCGGGCAGGUGCUGAGCAAGGGUGCGUUGCAGAAGGCAAACGCUCCAGAAAUGAGGAAGGCCGCCUGGUGGGUGACCUGAGGGCUGUCCCUUCACUGCCUGCACCUGCGCACGCCCCAACUCACACACACGCAGACCGGUUGGCCCGGCCUCACCCCCCCUCUCUCCCCAGGGAAGGACCCCACGCCCUCCAUGCUGGGCCUCUGCGGCUCCCUGGCCUCCAUCCCCAGCUGCAAGUCGCUGGCGAGCUUCAAAUCCAACGAGUGCCUGGUGAGCGACAGUCCUGAGGGCAGCCCGGCACUGAGCCCCAGCUGAGGAGUUGCCCCCGGGGGGUGCCAGCCGCACCUGCCAGGGGCACAGACGCCUGCCACCUGUCCUCAGUCCCCCAAUCCAGGCCACCCUCCAGGAGCGUCUGGGGAAAGACACCCUUUGCUUCUAGCCCAGUUUAACUUCUUGCCCGAGGAGGCAGGAGCUGCCAAGGGAGGCCGGCUGGGCCCCAGAGGCUGGGGCGCCAAGGCUGCGGGGAGCUUAUUCUUCCGCCGACCUUGACGCCUGACUCGCUCCCUACUGGACUCUCCUCUGCUCAUCUCCCCACCCUCCUUAGGAGCUGGUGGCCCAGCCUCAGCACCCCCACCUCUCAUGCCUCUCCCGUCUGUUCCUGUGUACACCGUGGAGCCACUCCGUCCUUGGUCUCCAAGGAGGUGGAGGAGGGGAGAGCCUCUGAGGCCAUCAGGCAAAUAAAAACCAGAGGACUGA